ACAUAAAUGAGAACAGGAAGCGCCGCUCGGCUUUGCUUAUUUCAACCAGACACUGCUACUGGACGGACCGUCGCUCACGCUGGGGGUCAAAUGUUUUGAGGAUGUGCUUGUAAAGUCGGGAAAAUGUCAAAUUUCUCUAGAACGGCUCAGCAAUGGGCAUCAUUCGCCCGCUCCUGGUUUUUAAUCGAUGCUCGAAUGCAGCCUCCAGGAAAAAUAGCAAGCAUGUGUUCUGUGAGAUUACAGGGGAAACACAAACCGAUUUAUCACGCAAUCAGUGAUUUAGGAGACCACGUGGUUGUAAUAAACAGCAGACACAUUGCUUUCUCUGGAAACAAGUGGGAGCAAAAGGUUUAUUCAUCACACACGGGGUAUCCAGGCGGAUUUAAACAAGUUACUGCAGCACAGUUGCAUCAAAAAGAUCCAAAAGCUAUUGUGAAGUUGGCAGUUUAUGGCAUGUUACCCAAAAAUCUGCACCGGCGCACCAUGAUGCAGCGAUUACACAUCUUUCCUGAUGAUGAGCUGCCGGAGGACAUUCUCGCAAACCUGACGGAGGAGCUGCAGCAGCCCAGGGAAAUCCCCAGGAAACUCAACGAGUACACGCAGGAGGAGAAAGAUGCCUUCCCCAGGGUCUGGACACCACCGGAGGACUACUUGCUGAAAUGAAAUUGAAGCUGGGUGCUGUGAUCACAACAGAAGGUUUUCUUAUUAUUUCAUCACUGAAGCCUGUGGUUUCCUCAAACAUAUUUAGUCACAUGUUGCAGGACACUUUGGUGCGAAGGGAAGUGGUUUCACUGAUUUUUUGUUUUUUAAUCAAACCAUUUGAUUAAGCCAGGAGUCUCCAACCUGUGGCUCCUGAACCACAUAUGACCAAAAUGAGCCUGACUAACUAAUACAUCAGACCAGAGUUAUAGGUGGAGAACAGAAACAGAAGGAAGAAGCUGUUAUGGUUAAACUAAAUUAUCUUGAUGCUAACAGCAAAACAGCGUAAUAGCACUGUCCUCUUAUCUCAAAGUGAGGUGUGAGUAUACUUUUUGUACUUUACUACAGUACUUAAACCUCCAUACACCUCAGUACAGCCAUCAUUUGCCAUAACAUUAUUUUGCUCUCACUCUAAUUGUUAAAAUUAUUUUUUUAAAUGGCUCUUUUGGUGUUGAUGGUUGAAGACCCCUGACUUAAAUCAUUAAAGAACAGACAGUAUUUCUGGCACUGAAUAAAAUGGUGUCUGUUUUGACUGUGAUGUCUCUGUAAACAAACCUAAAUAAUCAACAUGCAGCUCAGAUUGUGUGUAGGUUUUUUUCCCAGUGAUUACAAAACCAGAGCAGCUCAGAUCUGGUCUAUAAAAAGUGACAUCUUUCAGAGCGGAUCCUUCUUUUAAAGGUUCGUGACUUCACAGCAAAACCAAUUAAUGUGUCUCCAUGACAGCAAUGAGGAUUUUACUGUGCUUUGAGAAGGAAAUGUUAACUUUGAUCACAUAGCCCUGAGGGUUUCACAUUUGUUUGUGUGCUUUCCAAUUUCCAAUUUGUUUUUGUCAAAAAUUGUGCAUUUUCUAAGUUGUAAUGUGUACAGUAAAGAAUCUAAAAUACUAGCAAA